GCUAUUCCAUCAUGAGGGCUGGACUGUGUUUACUAUUUCUGCUGGGAGUUUUCUCAUCUCAUGCAAAGGAACUGGUUUACAAAGUAACACCAAGUGACCAGAGUCAAGUCGGUUUUCUUGAUAAACUGCUUAAAAGCGACGAUGAAAGGUUUGACUUUUGGUCUUAUCCAACCAAAGCAGGGACUGAAGUCCUAAUCCAAGUCAGUGAUAAUAAUGCUAAUCAACUUGAAGCCAUGCUCGCGGGCGAAGGCAUCUCGUUUUCGAUUGGARUUCCUGAUCUUGAGCCGUUAUUAAAAGCAGAGAAAGCACAAUCAAGAUCGUCCGGGUUUGAUACUCGUUACCAUAGAGUUGGCGAGAUUCACUCAGAAAUCAGAAAACUCGCCGCGGCACACAGCAGUGUUGCKUCGACUUUCAGCCUCGGAAAAUCAUACGAAGGAAGAGAACAACUAGCCAUUAAGAUUAAAUCAGGAUCCGGAAAGAAAGAUCUCUUUUUCUUUAACUGUGGUAUCCAUGCUCGAGAGUGGAUCAGUCCYGCUACGUGUAUGUAUAUGAUCAGAAAGAUGCUUGAGACACGGAACUCUAAUUCCGAUGUACAAUUUAUGCUGAAUAAGUUCGAGUGGAUCAUUUUGCCAGUUUUGAAUGUUGAUGGCUACGAGUAUACCCACACAAACAGUCGUAUGUGGCGAAGAACACGUAAACCUUACGGAAGACAUUAUGGCGCUGACCCGAACAGAAAUUUCAACUAUAGAUUCGGAGGCACUGGCACAUCAAACACUCCUGGCUCGGAUAUCUAUCAUGGACCAUACGGGUUUUCAGAAGUGGAGACUUACAACGUCGCGAGGUAUCUCUUCAAUAGAAGACAUGAACUGAAAGGUUAUAUCGACUUCCAUGCUUACUCUCAGAUGUGGAUGAGUCCGUGGGGAUACACCAGUGCUUAUCCUCCACAAUACGACAAGCAAAAGAAAGCAAUGACAGCAGCAGUUAGGGCCCUAACAGCAGUUCAUGGUACCAGAUAUACAUACGGACCAGCAGCUAUUACCAUUUAUCCCACGACCGGUGACACGACAGACUGGACGUUCGGUGUACUGGGUGUCAUCCACUCGUACUGUGUCGAACUGAGACCGAAGGGACAUCCGGGAUUUAUCCUCCCACCCGACAAAAUCAUUCCCGUCGGACAAGAGACGUUUGCUGGCCUCAAAGCAUUGACACGAAACAUGGAUUACUAAUACUUUGUAUUGGGAUUAAUUCAUUAAAACUAGUAAAAAUGAAA